AUGGGCCAAAGCCUAUUAGAAGCCUUGAACGUGCGAGUGGAGGGCUCUGGGAAGAAAAUCCUUGUCCUAGCACAUGGCUUCGGCACGGAUCAGUCCGCAUGGAAGCACAUUCUACCAUUUUUCUUGCGUGAUUAUCGUGUUGUCCUCUAUGACCUUGUGUGUGCGGGCAGUGUUAACCCCGAUAGCUUCAAUUUUCGUCGUUACACCUCUCUAGAUGCCUAUGUAGAUGACCUUCUGCAUAUCCUCGAUGCUCUUGGUGUCGAGCGUUGUGCUUAUGUUGGUCACUCCGUCUCUGCCAUGAUCGGGAUUUUGGCCUCUAUUCGCCGCCCAGAGCUCUUCACUAAACUCAUCCUCAUAGGUGCUUCUCCAAGGUUCUUGAAUGAUAGAGACUACCAUGGUGGUUUUGAACAAAGAGAAAUUGAGAGUGUGUUCUUGGCAAUGGAGGCGAAUUAUGAGGCAUGGGUAAAUGGGUUUGCUCCGCUAGCAGUGGGAGCCGACGUGCCGGCGGCAGUGAGGGAAUUUAGUCGGACGUUAUUUAACAUGAGGCCAGACAUAACACUUUUUGUAUCAAGAAUUGUUUUUAAUAGUGAUUUAAGGGGUGUAUUAGGCCUAGUGAAGGUGCCAUGUUCCAUAAUUCAAACAGCUAGGGACGUGUCGGUGCCGAUGUCAGUUGCGACUUAUCUGAAGAACCACCUUGGAGGGCGGACCACGGUGCAUAUGUUAGAUGUUGAGGGCCAUUUGCCCCACCUUAGUGCCCCUAAUUUGUUGGCGGAAGAGCUCCGUCUAGCUUUAUCUAGGUGA